AUGGCGAAAGUCCAGUGGUACAUUGGCGAAAGUCCAGUGGUACAUUGGCGAAAGUCCAGUGGUACAUUGGCGAAAGUCCAGUGGUACAUUGGCGAAAGUCCAGUGGUACAUUGGCGAAAGUCCAGUGGACUCUCGCAAAUUGGCGAAAGUCCCCGGGGUCUAUUG